CGCGCAUUCAUUGCCACGGUCGCGUUCCCGCGCCGCUGCCAGUCUUUAACACAAGCUUGAGCCGUCAACACGCUUGCGUAAUAAAAGUGAUAAUGAUAACAGUUGCAUCUAAACAAUAAUAAUAAACGAAACAGUGUGGUGUAUUGUGAAUAACGUGUUUUUUGCCGUCGUUUUAAUAAUUAAGAUGGACACACUUGCUUUGCUAGCUGGGAUCUUACUAUGCUUGGUUGUCGUAAAUGGCAGACACCUGGAAGAAAACCAUGACCCCAGUCCAAUAUCUGACUCUUUGGAUCACGGAGAAAGUAUGAGAAAACGGGGUACAGAUUUGAGGCAUCGGCGGAAGAGGUGGCAAGCAAACUACGGCUAUGAUUACCCGGUACCUAGCCAUGGAUACCCAUAUGCUGAUCGGAGGGAAUACGACAGGAAUCAUCAAGAUCUUUUACCCCAAAUAGUGAAGUUGCUUGAAGAAAUUGCAGUGUAUGUGAGACGUGCCCCUCCUCCGCCACCACCGCCUCAACCAAUCUACAUCCCAUACCCUGUCCCCUAUCCCGUCCCACAGUUCGGUGCGUGCACAGACAAAGCGGCGAGGAAACCAAAUAUCUCAACCCGAUUCCCUGAAAUGGAGGACACGAAUCAAAACUGGGGAUUUGUGGAGUCAAACGAAGAUGCAGAUUACGAAUCAGGCGACGGCGCCAGGCCUAUCUCCUUCGACCCUAUUAAACCGCUCCGACCAAUGAAGCGACCUGCACCCAAAGUGGAACACGGCAGCAAGCAAAUGGACAAUCAGCGUCCGACGACACAGGCACCGAGGUUUGUUCUGGACGAGCCUGGAUUGUUGCGGACACCGACGAUGUGCAAUGCGGCUGUGCUCUCGUGCUGUGCCGACAACAUCAAGCAGCAGAAAAAGUGCUUCGACAACUUUGGCUGUUCUAUAUCUUACGAUAACGGCAAUGCAUGUAGCAACGAUUCGAUAAAUGAAGCGCUAGAAUCAUUCAAAAGAGCGUACUCGCCCGUGUCGUAAGUCCUAAUUACGAGUAGAUGAUAGUCAUUAUCAGUAUUGUCUCAACCACAUUUGUGGUUUAUGUUAAUGCGUAAUGUUGCUAAUUGUAGCAAAUUAUAAUUGUACAAUAGUUUCGAAAUCCAAUAUAUGGAACAUUAUCUUCAUAUGAUUUUUUACAUAUUCUGAGAUCUGAGAUUGUUGUAGCUUUAAUUAAUAUUUGAUCGAAAUAUACACUUACGGUUCAAGAUUAGUUCAAACGAACCAAAAUAUUUAAAGUGCUUGAAUUCUCUUAAAUUUAUUUUUUAAUCAUAGUUUUAAAUUGAUUAACUUCGCCUUGAACUUUAUCAAUUUAAAAUGAAUUAUAUCGAAUGUAAAAUUGGUUUCAAUUGUUGUUCAUAAAUGUGCUCGAAAGAAAUCGUAAAUAUAAAAAUUCGUCGCCCGAUAAACUGCAAGUCUUUUAACCUUAAUCAACGGUUACAUACUUUAUAACACCCAAAGUCAUAAUCUUCGAAGUAGAAUAAACAAUUAAUAUAAGUUAAGGGUAAUAUAAUAAUAUAAGUAGGUAUUUUAAAUCAGUACUUAUUACGAUGCCAUAAAUAUGUUGUUCCUUGAGCUUUACAAAUUCAUUUAAGUCCUAAGAAAUUUAAUUGGUCUAUAAUGCCGCAAUUUUUCACACUAAAUUGUAUCUAUGUAACGUACACUGGCACAUAAGCGAUUACGCUCGUGAUUGUAGAGCAAGCGUUGCUUGCUUGCUCUACAAUAUGCUCUAUAAUAUAAUGCAAAAGAACAUAGUAUUUGAUCAUCCCACUCAUAGGAGCAUUUCAAUGUAAGACGAGCAAGACAACGUUAUUGGUACCUGAGUAAUGGUACAAUACUUGAUAAAUAGAUCAUAUUAUAUUGUCAUGUUACAACACGACCGAGUGCGCUGCAAUUCGCCGCAUUGCUGCCUAAUCGCGCGUCAAAAUCGCUAAUGUGAAACCAGUGUAACUUGGUCAUCAUGGUUAAAAUUCAAAGCCGCUUUAAAAUUAAUACUAAAUGCAAUAUAAAAGUUUAUACAAAGGCUAAUUGUUAUAUCGUAUUAUUGAUAUUUGAUGAUAAAAAACUAAAAACAAAAAGUUGCUUUUGUUUGCAGCUUCUUAGCAUUUAAGGUUACGAAUGUCAGUUUUUUUACAUUGGCAGCUGUAAUAUUAUAAGUGUUUCCUAGUCUACAUGUUAGAAUUAAUGUAUUUAAUUUAACUUUAUUAAAAUAUUAACACAA